AUGUUGAUAGGUAAUGGAAACACAAUCAGAAUAUGGGAGGACCCUUGGAUUCCAGAUCUUCCUAAUUUCAUCCCGAGUCCAAGGGAGGGGACCGGUCUAGAAUUGGCACUUAUUGUUUCACAACUAAUCAACCAAGAAGGCUGGGAUCUUACCAAAAUAAGAAAUACUUUUGAUGAGACUACAUCCCAGCUCAUCCAAAAAAUCCCCCUCUCACGGCUUGCUCCAAAAGAUUGUUGGAUGUGGAUCUCCAAUAGCACAGGGGAGUUUUCGGUUAAGUCCGCUUAUUGGUUAAGUAGAAACAUUAGCCCUCCCAUAAACCAAGAUGCAACUCACGGCCUCAUUUGGAAGUCAAAAAUCCAUGAAAGGCUCAAAAUGCACUUGUGGCGUAUUGCGGCAAAUUGCUUACCUACUAAAGAUCGUUUAGCCAGAUUCUAUGAUUUAGAUGAUGUCCUUUGCCCUCUUUGCAAGGAUACUGAAGAAUCUAGCCUUCAUCUCUUUAUCUCUUGCCCCUUUACGAGAGCUGUGUGGUUUAAUUCCCAAUGGGGACUAAGGUUAGAAAAUUUGAACUUAAACUCUCCUUCUUAUCUUAUUGGGGUCUUCCUUAAUCCUCCCGCUGAAGGUAAUAUUGUGGGGGUUAAAAGGGAUGAAUUCUUAUUGUUUGGGGCUGUCAUUUGCGAAGCCAUUUGGAGGGCUAGAAACCAAGCUAUCUUUGAAGGCAAAGAAACUAAUCCAAUUGAGCUAUGCCAGAAAGUUGAUAAGUCCAUAGGUGAGCACAAAAUGCCCAUAGCAACUCAGUUGGGCUUCCAAUUGCUGAAACAAGAUCAAAGGUGGAAGAAACCACCCAGAGAUUCAAUCAAAAUAAAUGUUGAUGCUGCUUUCAAAGAUGAUAAAUCCUCCAUUGCAGCGGCAGAAGCAGAAGCCAUUAAAUGGGCUUUAAGUUUAGCUAAAAGUAUUGAUGCAGCUACUAUAAUUAUGGAGAGUGACUCCAAAGGCUGUGUAGACGCUCUAGCUCCUUCUGGUAAUCAGGUUUCAGCCCUUCCUGUUUUGAGCUUAUCAUUACGAAUGAGGCUCUUUUUUCCUCUUUGUAGUUCCUUUGUCUUGUGA